UCACAAACAAACAGAACAGAAAAUAGAAAGUCAAAAAGGGCAAAAAUGCUGUCGUCCGCUUUCACUCCCAAAUCCUUCUCCCCUCUCAAAACCCUAAACCCCUCCCUCUCCCGACGAAUCCCCCACCGUCCCAGAUGCAAGCCCGCUUCCCUUACCGUCAGAUCGCUCUUCACCGGAAUCGUCGAAGAGAUGGGCCAGAUCCGCCACCUGGGCCCCACCCCCUCCGGCGACGGCAUCGAGCUCAAGAUCUCCGCCAGGACCGUGCUCGACGGCGUCAGUCUCGGCGACUCCAUCGCCGUCAACGGCACGUGCCUCACCGUGUCCCAGUUCGACCUCGCCUCCUCCCAAUUCACCGUCGGCCUCUCCCCCGAAACCCUCCGCAGGACCUCUCUCUCCGACCUCGGCCCCGGCUCCCCCGUCAACCUCGAGCGGGCCCUGCAGCCAGUCUCCCGAAUGGGGGGCCACUUCGUCCAGGGGCACGUGGACUGCACGGGGGAGAUCGUGUCGGUGAGGCCUGAGGGGGAUUCGCUGUGGGUGAAGGUGAGGGUUGAGUCGGCCGAUGUGAUGAGGUACAUCGUGCCGAAAGGGUUCAUAACGGUGGACGGAGCGAGCUUGACGGUGGUUGGGGUUUACGAGGAGGAGGGGUGUUUCGAUUUCAUGCUGGUGGCUUAUACUCAGAUGAAGGUGGUGAUCCCAACGAAGAAGGUCGGGGAUAAGGUUAAUUUGGAGGUGGAUAUACUCGGCAAGUAUGUCGAGAAAUUGCUCAAGAGCGGCGCUGUGAGCUCGGCUUCUUGAUUGCUGGAAGGAGAAUGAGGAAGAGAUAUGUCUUCAUCAGCGGGUAGUGGAAGAAGACAAGAUCCUACAUGGAAAUAUACUUCAUUGGUUGACGAAGGGAAUGCCAAUAAACAUAAGUGCAUAUUUUGUAACAAAAUCACAAAUGACGGCAUAUCUCGACAAAAAGAGCAUCUAAUCGGGACGGAUAGGAAACGCAAAAAUAUGAGUCUUUGUCAAAAAGUCCCUCCCGAUGUGGUUGAAGAGCUUAAAGAUUAUGAAGAAAGACAAAAGAUAGCUAAAAGACAACAAGCUAUAGAUGAAUAUCUCCCCGAACUUGGAGAUGAGAACAUGGUGGAAAUUGAUGAUGAGGAGGAUGAAGAUGAACAAGUACAAGAACGUAGAGAUAGAGGAAAAAGCACGGCGGUUCCUAGGUCAUCUUCAGUAACGGCAAGAGGAAGAGGGGGUGUUGGCAUGCACAGUGCGGGAUCUUCCACAGGCCUAAAGAGGAAGGGGCCGAUGGAUGCAUUUCUUACAUUCGAUCCCGCUUUAGAGGUCGCCAAGGAUGAAAGAAGACGCAAGUUGAGGCAAUCGUGUAUUGAAGAAAGCCUAAACAAAGAUGUAGUGGCUAAAGUACAUCAAGACAUAGCUCGGUGGUGGUAUCAAGCCGGCAUUCCCUUUAAUGCCGCUCGUCUUAGAUCUUUCAAAAUCAUGUUAAAGUCUGUGGGGAUUUUUGGGCCUAACUUGCCUCCUCUGACAUUACACCAUUUGAGAGAGCCUUUGCUUAGGAAGGAGAAAAAAUACACUGAUGAUCUAAUACAACAUCAUAAAGAUGUGUGGGCUACUAAAUGUUGUUCUUUCAUGUCAGAUGGUUGGAGUGACAGAAAGGGGAGGACAUUGAUCAACUUUCUUGUGAACUCUCCUCAUGGUACGGUGUUUCUUUCAUCUAUUGAUGCUUCUGAUGAGAUCAAGACGGGUGACAGAAUGUUUGAGAUACUUAGUGAGCAGAUUAAGCUCAUAGGACCUCAGAAUGUUGUUCAGAUCGUCACGGAUAACCAUUCUAGUCUCAAAUAUGCAGGAGCGGAAUUGGAAAAAUAGUAUCCUCAUUUAUAUUGGACUCCUUGUGCUGCUCAUUGUAUUAAUCUCAUGCUCAAGGAUAUUGGUAAACUACCAUCUGUGAAGCUAACUUUGAGUCGAGCUAUGGAGUUGACUGGAUUCAUCUACUCACAUGCGUGAGUUUUGAAGCUGAUGAGAGGUCAAACUAACGACAGAGAGCUUCUUAGACCGGCGGUGACACGAUUUGCCACAUCAUUUAUGACUUUGUCAAGCAUCCAUCGACAAAAAAAUAACCUCAGAAAGAUGUUUAAUUUGGAGGCAUGGAGGCAAAGUAAGUGGGCAAGAGAUUCAAAGGGCAAAUCAGCUGAAAGGAUAGUUCAUAUGCCAUCUUUCUAGAACAACAUCGUUCGUAUUCUCAAGCUGACGGCUCCUCUUGUUGGUGUUCUGAAACUUGUUGAUGGUGACAAAAAGCCUGCUAUGGGAUACAUUUAUGAGGCAAUGGAUAGAGCUAAGGAGGCUAUUGCUAAAGCCUUUGGUGAUGAUUCAACAAAAUAUUCUGAGGUAUUUGAAGGAGACUAUUGCUAAAGCCUUUGGUGAUGAUUCAACAAAAUAUUCUGAAGUAUUUGAUAUCAUUGAUAAGAGGUGGCAGGAUCAGCUUCAUCGUCCUUUGCAUGCUGCAGGAUAUUACCUUAAUCCUGCAUUUUUCUAUGACCAUCCAAAUAUCGAAGGGGAUGACGAAGUUAUGAGAGGUCUUUAUCAAGUCAUUGAGAAGAUGGUGCCCACACAAGACCAAGACAAGGUUGAUAGGCAGUUGGAUAUAUACAGGCAUGCUGGGGGUCUUUUUGGUAUGGAGAUAGCUAAGAGAAACAGAAAGAAGAAGUCUCCAGCUGAUUGAUGGGAGUCUUAUGGUGCAUCAGCACCAGAGUUGCAGAAGCUUGCUGUUAGAGUCCUCAGCCUUACUUGUAGCUCCUCUGGCUGUGAAAGAAAUUGGAGUACUUUUGAGCAAGUAUGAUUAGUUUUAUUUUAUUGAACAAAAUAGAUUUAAUUCCCUUAGAGAUAUGGAUAUUGAUUUGAUUGAUUUGUAUAAA